AUGCUCACCCUCUGCUUUUCCUCCCCCUUUCCCCCUUUGGAAAAAACCCUCUUCCUUCUUUUUCUUUUUCUUCCUCUUCUUCUUCACAAAUCCCAAACAGACUUGACUGGUGAAGAAGAAGAAGAAGAAGAAGGAGAAAAAAGAUGGGUCGCGGGAAGAUAGAGAUCAAGAAGAUAGAGAACGCCACGAACAGGCAGGUCACAUACUCCAAGCGCCGCAACGGAAUCUUCAAGAAAGCCCAAGAGCUCACCGUUCUCUGCGAUGCUAAGGUCUCUCUCAUCAUGUUCUCCAGCACUGGAAAAUGCCAUGAAUACAUCAGUCCCACCACGUCGACUAAAAAGAUCUAUGAUCAGUAUCAAAAGGCUUUAGACGUCGAUCUGUGGAACUCGCACUACGAGAGAAUGCAAGAAAACUUGAAAAAGCUGAAAGAGAUCAAUAAUAAACUUAGAAGAGACAUCAGGCAAAGAAUGGGCGAAGAGUUGGACGAUCUAAACAUCGGUGAGCUGUGCGCUCUUGAGCAAAAAAUGGAUGCUGCUGUGGAGAUUGUGCGUGAACGAAAGUUCCACGUGAUUAAGACUCAGACUGAAACCUACAGGAAAAAGGUGAAGAACUUGGAGCAAGUUUAUGGGGAUCUCAUGCUUGCCCUUGAAGCAAGAGGUGAGGAUCCUCAGUAUGGUUUAGUGGACAACGAAGGCGACUAUGAAGCAGCUGCGUCUUUCGCACAUGGUACCGCCAACCUAUACACUUUCAGUCUACAUAACCCGAGCCAUCCUAAUCUCCACCCAGGGCAGGGAUAUGGACCGCAUGAUCUCCGCCUUGCUUGAGCAUGAGCAGCCAAUGCUAGAGGUCAUAUUUAAAUCCUUGGAUAUUAGUAGUCAAUAAACAAUUAAUUAUGUGUAUUUUAAGGUUGCCAUACUGAAACAAAAAACUGGUAACAUAUGAUGCAUAUAUUCCUCUAUUUGUCAGUUGUGCGAAAUUUGCUUCUUUAGAUCAUGUACUGAACCCUAACAUUGGAAUUUUUUUGGGGUGCCUUUUUUCCCAUCUUAUGAUCACCAUUUGUGUGAGAAGCUCGUUCAAUCG